UCAGAGGGAAACGGAAGGGUGUGGUGGAGAGGGGACAGGAAUAUAUUAGCCUAGAGCCCUUUAAGGCUAGGAGCCCUGAGCCUUAGCUCAGACCCUCAAUCCUCUGGAGUCUGCUUGAAUACCAGCCAUGCUCGCCGCCGCGGGCUCCCUAGUGGCCGCCAUCUGGGCAGCGCUCCAUCUCCGGACUCUGCUGCUGGCUGCUGUCAUCUUCCUGUUUCUGGCUGACUACUCCAGAAGCCGGCGCCCCAAGAACUUCCCUCCAGGGCCGCGACGCCUGCCCUUCGUGGGCAACAUAUUCCAAUUGGACUUUAAGCAGCCCCACCUGGCGGUCCAACAGCUUGUGAAGAAGUAUGGGAAUGUUAUCAGUCUGGAUUUUGGAAUCAUGUCUUCAGUGAUUAUAAGCAGUCUGCCUUUAGUCAAAGAAGCCUUUACUCACCUGGAUGAAAACUUUAUGAGUCGCCCUAAAUUUCCUAUGCAAGAACAUAUCUUUAAUGAAAAUGGGUUGAUCUUCUCCAGAGGCCAGACAUGGAAGGAACAAAGAAGGUUUGCCCUGAUGACACUGAGGAACUUUGGACUGGGAAAGAAGAGCUUAGAACAGCGCAUCCAGGAGGAGGCCCAACACCUUGCGGAGGCCAUAGGAGAGGAGGGAGGACAACCUUUUGAUCCUCACUUCAAGAUCAACAAUGCUGUUUCCAAUAUCAUUUGCUCCAUCACUUUUGGCGAACGUUUUGAGUACCAUGACAGUCAGUUUCAGGAGCUGCUGAGGUUACUGGAUGAGGCCAUGUAUUUGGGUUCCUCACUGAUGGUCCAAUUCUAUAACAUCUUCCCAUGGAUAAUGAAACAUCUUCCCGGACAACACCAAAAAGCAAUAGCUACCUGGGGAAAACUGAAAUCGUAUGUUUCUGAUGUAGUUGACAAUCACCGCAAAGACUGGAACCCUGAUGAGCCGAGAGACUUCAUUGAUGCUUUCCUCAAGGAAAUGACAAAGUACCCAGACAAGACUACUACAAGUUUCAAUGAAGAAAGCCUCAUCUGCAGCACCCUGGACCUCUUCCUUGCUGGAACAGAGACAACAUCCACAGCCCUGCGCUGGGCUCUGCUCUACAUGGCCCUCUACCCGGAAGUCCAAGAAAAAGUACAGGCUGAAAUUGACAGAGUGAUUGGCCAGGAGAAGCAGCCCAGCCUGGCUGACCGAGACUCCAUGCCCUACACCACUGCUGUUGUCCAUGAGGUGCUGAGAAUGGGAAAUAUCAUCCCUCUAAAUGUUCCCAGGGAAGUGACAGUUGACACUACAUUGGCUGGAUUCCACCUGCCAAAGGGUACCUUAGUCCAUACCAAUUUGACUGCACUGCACAUGGAUCCCAAAGAAUGGGCCACCCCAGACAUCUUCAAUCCAGAGCACUUUUUGGAGAAUGGACAGUUUAAGAAGAGAGAAUCUUUCCUGCCUUUCUCAAUGGGAAAGCGAGCUUGCCCCGGAGAACAACUGGCCAGGUCUGAGCUCUUUAUUUUCUUCACUACUCUUGUGCAAAAGUUUACCUUCAAGCCACCAGUCAACGAGAAGCUGAGCCUGAAAUUCAGAAUGAGCAUCACCCUUUCCCCGGCCAGCCACCACCUCUGUGCUGUCCCCAGACUGUGAUGUCAGACACAGAAAGAGAAAGAAGAGCAGGAAGAACUGAGGAAUGCUCUGAGCCACUGGGGCAACACAUAUGUAAAGGGAGAGAAGGAAGGUGACUGGGGAAAGAUGAGAAGAAGAGGAAUUAGGCUAAGGUUAUUGGAUCCAUGUCCUGGACUGCUGUGAUCUCCAAAUUGAUGGUGGAUAAAUUACUUAUAAAUCUUUUCAUCUGAGAGUUGCAAUGAGAAUGAUGGUUCCUCCUGUAAAGAAAGUUUUUGGAAACAUGAAAUGGUGGAUUAGAAACAGCAUGGAAAUCAUUAAGUCAUAUCAUAAAAUUAUAUAUUCAAUUUG